UCGGCUUCCUUCUACUUUGAUGAUUUGAUCAACACUCGCCUCUCUACAUCCCAAGUAAACGAGCCACAUAAACUCUGGAAUCGUCCAAAUCUGUGAUGAGAAAGGCUAAAUUAGCUAGAUUCACCGACAGCCGGAGAUGGUCAGUACCCAUACUUUCUCUUUCUCUUUCUCUUUUCAUCAUCAUACUGAUUUCCACUCUGAUUUAUAAUCAUCCGAAAUGGCACAAACCUCCCCCCAUCCAACAUUCACAACCAAGAGUAUUAAGUUCCGACGGGUUACCGAAAUCGGGAUCCUUCCCGGAGCUGCCCCGGUUAGCUUACUUGAUUUCGGGUUCGCAAGGCGACGUUGGGCGGCUGAAGCGGCUACUUGGCGCAUUGUACCAUCCUAGGAACUACUAUUUGCUGCAUCUUGAUUUGGUGGCUUCGGAUGGUGAGAGGAUGGAGCUGGCUAGGUUCGCGAAAUCCGAUGUUGUGACGAGGGAAUUUAGGAAUGUGAUGGUUGUUGGGAAAGCUGAUUUAGUCACUUACAGAGGGCCUAGUAUGAUGGCUUCCACACUCCAUGCUGUCGCUAUUCUCUUGAAGAAGGCCAAGAAUUGGGAUUGGUUUAUCAAUCUUAGUGCUUCUGAUUACCCUCUCAUGCCUCAAGACGAUAUCCUGCACAUUUUCUCAUAUUUGCCUAGGGAUCUGAAUUUUCUUGAGCAUUCAUCAAAUCUUGGCUGGAAAGAGUGAGCAUUCUUCUCCAUGCAUUGAUGCUUCCAUAUUCCCCAACACUGUUUCAGAGGGCUAGGCCUAUAAUCCUAGAUCCUGGCAUCUAUCAUGCGAAGAAGUCUGGUGUAUUUUGGGCAAAGGAGAAAAGGUCAAUGCCUGCUGCUUUCAAGCUGUUCAUGGGAUCUGAAUGGGUUAUGCUCACCAGGUCAUUCGUGGAAUUCUGCAUUUGGGGAUGGGACAAUCUCCCGCGCACCCUUCUAAUGUACUAUACCAAUUUCCUCUCCUCUCCUGAGGGCUACUUCCACACGGUUGUCUGCAAUCACAAAGACUAUCAGAAUACAACAGUGAACCAUGACUUGCACUACAUAAAAUGGGAUAAUCCCCCAAAGAUGAACCCCAUGAAUUUAACAGUGGAGCAUUUUGAAGAAAUGGUCCAAAGUGGUGCUCCAUUUGCUCGUACUUUUGCCGUGGGUGAUUCCGUUCUUGAUAAGAUCGAUAAGGAACUCUUGAGAGGAUCUAACAACCGCCUAAUUUCAGCGGGUGGUUGGUGUGUUGGGAAAGAUCCGUGUAUACCAACUGGCAGUUCUGAUGCAGUUAAACCUUCUGCAGGGUCAAGAAGGUUGGAGAAACUUGUUCUCAAGCUCCUUGGUUCUGAAUAUUUCAGGCUUAGUCAGUGUAAAUAAUUUGUCCUGAGUGCUUAUUUUGUUUGAAAAUAUCAGUUUCUUUAUUCUUUCCAUCCUUCCUAGGUUUUAUCCAAGUCUUUUAUGUGUUUUAUUAUAGAAAAAUGGAAAUGAUUAGUAGCUUCUAAGAAUCACUCACCUUUUUUUUAUGGAAGAUAUUAUUGAAGGAACCAAAAUGUAAUUUACAUCAUAG